CAAUGGAGCAAUGAACAGAAGGACAUGGCAUUGGUUCGAGCUAGUAGAGGUAUCCGGACAGAAACUCAGGAAAUUGUAACAUUAUUACUGCAGGACAAUGUGGCAGUAAACUCAAUCAGGGCUGGUACAACACCAUUGUGUGAGGCCGUGAAAUCAGGUAAAUUGAAGACAGUCAUGCUGCUGUUGACAAGUGGUGCGAGCGUUAAUGACAGGGACGCAACACAACAGACGCCCCUUCAUCAUGCCUGUGACUGGAACAAUAUAGAGGUUGUCAAAAUAUUGCUUAAAAGACAAGCUGACGUCAACGCUAAAGACACAUUAGGUUUCACACCACUACUCAUUGCGGCGGGCUGGGGAAGGGAGACAAUUAUUGAUUUACUUCUCGCGAAGAAGGUGGAUCCGCUAGCCAUGGACGAUCAAGAAAAUAACGUUCUUCACAUAUGUGCAGCAAAUGGAAAAGCAAACAUCAUAAGUAAACUUUUAACAGCGUUUCCGAAGGAGAUGAAUUCUAUUCUUAUAGCCCGGAACAGACAUGGCUGGACGCCUCUAGAUUUUGCCCUACGAUGUGGCCAUCUGAGUGCUACAAAGUUACUUAUCCAAACAGUGUUACAAGUGAAGCCAACCAUUUUGAAAACCCAACCGAGGACCUUCGUUCACACUCGUUUCUUUGUUGUAAAACUUGAUGAAUUUAACGUGGACGAAAAAUACCAGUACCGGUUUCUGGAAGAAGGGACGGGUAAAACCUGUUUUCAGAUGCCGCGAUGUAACUGGUUCAUUCAAGCCGGAAACAGGGACGAGUACGAGGAAGUUAGACUGUUUUCAAUGAAAUAUGAAAAUAAACUUAGACAAUACCUUGCUAAGAAUUAAAUAAAUGUUCAAAGCAUGUAAAACAAGCAGGAGGACUGGCGUUGGGUUGUUCUGAAUCCACAAUUUCGUUGUAUUUUCCACCAUUAUGCUGACUGUGUGGUUCAUAUCGACACCAUCAUAUCGUGUACAAAGGCGCAACGUACAUGCGUGUCUACAAUGUAAUACCAUCGGCUGAGACGAAGGAUAUAGCAAAAUAAUGUUGUACUGUGAUGUUGAAUUUAAAUCAAUAAGAAGAUCUUUUGUGGUAAAAUCAUUUUGUUAAAUUGCUGUACUCAUUAUAUAUGUAAUAUAGAUCCUGUAGAUUAAAAUGUUCGCUUAAUCCUUUUUCUUUUGAUGUUAAAAAACGUGUACGUUGGUUUUUAAAAGGGUGACUUAAUCUGAAAGAAGUCCAUGGACAUUAAAUGUAUAGUUUGUUGUCAAACUUAUCGCUGUAGAAUUGUGCAAGAAAACUUAUUUAUUUUAAAUAUUCACAUAAUGUUUUUCUUUCGAUUGUUAAAAACGAUUCCGUUGAUUUAAAAGGAUGAUUUAAACUGAAAGAAGUUUAUGGACAUUAAAUACAUAGUUUGUUGUCAAACUUACCACUGUAGAAUAAUGCAUGAAAACUUAUUUAUUAACUCUGCUUAUACAUGUAGUUCAUUCCAUGCAUCAUUAGGUAUGUGCAUCUUAAUUGUAUUAUCCACAAACUCAUCAUUUGCAAUAAU